GACCGGGACAGUUGAUUCGUUGUUGCGUGGCGCGCACAUUUUCUUCACGAAUUGUUGUGUUCUAGUGUUUAUGAACGUGCUAGGAUCGAUUUAAAGAGUGCAUGUGUUUCGUCCAGAAUGGAGGUUGCGGUGAAAGCGUAAACAAAUCUUUCUUUUCAUCGGAAAACGUUUCCGACGAAAGUGAAAGCCAGUGCGCGUGUCCUUGUGCCAUAGCGACCUUCAGUGCGAUGUGCUUGUGAGAUGGCGGGUAAAAGCCGAUCCGAGGAAAUGAACGUGAUGAUAAGAUGCUAUCGCAAGAUGCUGAUGAGCGUAUCGUGGGUUUAGUGCCACCGUGUUUCCAUCCUAGCCAAAGAAGGAUGGUGAUUCCUGUAGGAUACGGUUUGCUGCAUCGGCUGAUUUCAAUAGAGCAGCUAGCCCGAGCGCACUGGUAUGAUGAUGAUGAUGUUCGUUCUGUGGCGAUGAUUGAUGAUUCGUGAAAACCCUUCGCCAUCGGGGGCGAAUAGAUCGCUCUGUGCGAAUAGUGCAAUGGGAUUGUGAAAAUUGUGGGUCGAUCUAGAUGCCGAUGAGACAAUCCUGUUGUGCAACACUUGGAUUGUAAAUUCCAGUCCGCAAUACUACAACGGAAGCCACGCUUCGAUGGAUACAUAGUGUAGUCAGCCCUAUUUAUUGUAGCAUAACAUAACUAUCUAGCCGUUCGGAAUCAUCGAUAGCAUCGAUAGCCAGGCCUAAAAGCGUCUGUAAAGUUAGCGUAGCAAUCGAGAACCGGACAAAACACACACAGCAAGACGAUAUGGCGGUACGACGGAAGCAACAUGGCCGAGGCAGCACCAGUGUCUGCCCUGCAAGGAGCUAUCUGCUCAUUUCGAUUGUACUUGGCUGUUGGACAAUUUCUGCGAACGGCUCCAUGGAGGAGAUGAUGAUUGCUCCCAUAGAGGUCAUCGAGGAGUGGGGUUGCCAGGACACCGAGGUACGGUUGACGUGUGGGAACCUCGAAUCAAAAAUAGCGAUCCUUGAGGCGAAGUUUACACCCCGCUGUCGGCGCAGUCGCACCGCUGGCUGCGUUCACCUGAACGAGUACAGCAUCACGCAUCCGUACGCGGCCCAGCAGGUGGACAAGCUGAUACUGGAGGAAACGGAAGCCGGCCGGCGUUUCCUAGCGACGAUGCGACGCAACCACGAGAAAGAGCUGGAAGAAGCGGCCGCGGCAGCACCGCCCGGAUCGCCUCUGGUAGCAGGUGGCGCGCCUGCUGCAGCCGCCGCUACAUCCCGCUACGAUGGCCAGUCGACGGGAGGGCUUGUGGCCGCCCGUUCCAUCAAGGACAAACGGAGCUCGCUGCGGGCAACACUCGAGCACCUGAUGGUGCGCUACCUGCGGCGCCUGACAAGUGGCGACGACGAGGAUGGGCAGGAUGGUGAUGAGACGGGGGGCUAUGAGGCCUAUGCUCGCUACCGGCGUCAAUUACCACCGGCCAGUGGCGAGGCGACUGGGGCCGCUGCCACCGCCACCGGAAGCACACCGCAACCAUCGGAAACCGAUGGUUUCUCCAACUCGAUGGAAAUCACGCUGCUCACCAACGAUACCGACACGAAUCUGACGGUGGAUGCGUGGCGUCAGGAGGAGGAGGCACCAGGUCCUCCGGCCGCCGAUCUGACGCUACCGGGCGAUGGCAGCACGCGAGAGGACCUCCCGGAAGUGGAUGAGAGAUACGACGGAUAUACGGGAUCCGGCUCGACGGUGUCCGGUGCCGGCGGUAAUGGGCACCGCGGUGACAGUGGUGCGAGUGUCGUGUUGGGAUCCGGUGUUGGGAAGGGAGGGCGCGGGGAUAAUGUUGCUGGUGGUGGUGGUGAGAUUGUGAGUGCCGUUAGUGAUGAGAGCGAUGAUGAUGAUGAUGAUAAUGCCGAGCAUAAUCAAAGUGAUGCGGAUGCGGAUGCGGUUGAGCGGCUGGUGGGCGACAGUGUUGAUGAUGCUGGCGGCCAGCAUCAGGCCAGUAGCAGCCCGCUGAGGCAGGCCGGAAGUCCUGGUAAGCGGGAUCCGGGCCGGGUCCGGCGGCCCCGCGAUUGCAGCAGUGUUCGGAAGCGUGUUUCGCAGCUGGAUCGCUUCGAGCUGGAACGCUCGAUGCGCAACGGAUCCUUCCGGGAGUAUAACAUCCGGGAUGCACUCAACUAUCGCUGUUCCGGCAAGAACCACUGCAGCUUCAUCUUCGCGCAGGACCAUCCAUUCGCCGUCGUAUGGAAGGAGGGCACCGUGCGCAUCAAGUACAUCUGCAUGGACGAUUAUCGUGUCAGCAAAUACUGCGGAGAACAUCUGAUAGUACGCAACGAGAUUCGCUGGGAGCCGCUAGAUGAUGAUUACGAAUCGUCCGAAUCCGAUGCUAAUGAUGCCAGCACUGAUACACCUACGACACUGGAACCGAUUCAAAGAACCGGACCCUCGAUGCUCGAUACUCUCAUGCCAUCGAGAACAAGCAGCGACCCACCUGAGCCCCAGCAGGUUGCCUUUGUUUCAUUCGAAGAUUCGGUUGUGCACGAUUCCGUCGCUCAUGGGUUCGCUGUUACCGAUGGGCGUCAACGUGAUCGACGGUUAACGCGUGAGGAUGAACCACGAGCUGAGGCGUUGCAUGCGGCCACGGUGCACUCGUUUCAUAAUUUGAAAAUCCUGAAGCCCAUCGAAGAGCCAGCUAGUGUGAACGAUACGGACGAUCGUGCGCUGGAACUGGAGGCGGCCCGCAAUCGGAAUCGACAGCGGCAGAAGGUGUUCUCGCAGGAUUUUCGAGUGCUCAAAAUUCUACCCAGCAACCUAGAUGUGGUCGAGGACAUCAAACAGAUUGGCAACGAGUACUACUUCAAAAAGGACGUCGAGGUUCUGGUGGAUGAUAACGAGAAUGCAAUUGUCGAGCAUACGGAUGCGGAACGCGACAGGUCAGCCGAGGCGGCAAACGGCCGGCAAGGGGUGAACUACACUGCGACCACCAGCGAUGGGAGUGAAAUGACUGAAACGCUAGACAUCGUCGUGUUACCGGCGCCAACGAAGGAUAUCGAAAUCUACGAGAACGAAGUCCUUCCGGAAUCGGAAUCCCAGUCACCGGACGAUCUCAGCGUCAUUGGGUUGAUAACACCCACUAGAUUGACGCCUAGCAUCUCGUACACUUCAUCCAUGGCGACGGUAUCGGUCGAACUACUAUCACAUCCGGUCACAGACAGUCCGCCGGCUGAUCCGUCAUCAGCGAACCCGAUCGUAGUUGAUACAACCCUUGGCCAUUGGGAUGAAGAUCGGUUGGUACUGCCGGAACUUGAAGAUUCGAGCGAGUUGUUAUCGGGACAGGCCAAACCUAACCGAACUACCAAUGAUGACCAGGAUAAGUUUCGCUUCGAUAAUGGUACAUUUAGAAACAUUCAAGAAACGGUACGAAAGGAGCUUGAUGAAAGCUGGGAUCCGAUCCCUUCCCCGGAAAACUAUGAUGAAGAUGCUGACGACGACGAGGAGGAUGAUGAGUACGAGUCGCAUCCAUUCGGCAAGGGAUCGAUGAAAUUUCACAAAAAAUAUACCAGCGUCCAACGAACCCUGCUGAAACGUCCGUUACGCCAGGGUUUCCUCAUGACGCCUGGCUAUCCGAAGUACUACAUAGGAGAUAGUGUCUGCCAGUGGACGUUGUAUGCCGGGUUGCAUCAAAGAAUAAAACUGACGGUGUUGGAUCUAGCGCUUCGUCAUGAUGAUGAGUGCCGGGACUACCUUCACGUAGUGGACCUCAACACGAAUCACACGCUGUUCCACAGCUGCACGGAAAGCACGCGUCCGAUAGAAAUCGUCAGUAUACAGGAGCGUCUUGAGGUGUCUGUGAGAACGACAACGAAAGUAAUUUAUCCCAAACGCGGAGUACUGUUACAUUAUACGGCGCUCGGCUGCGAGGCGCCAUCACCAACGCCGGGUCGUAUGAAAUUGGUUCGACGGACGGAGCAAAAGGCCAAGUACGUUUGUGAUCCGCUGCACGUUUUCCCCGAUACGGGCGAAUCAUCUCGUGAACUCAUCUGCACCGCGAAACACGCGUGGAACCGCGCUCUUCCGCCCUGCGUCGAAAAACGAACAACCGAAGGUAGCGGACUUGUGUCACACUACGAACAGAAGCGAAGAUUCGGCGAGAUCGACAGAAUGUCGGACAACCAAGCAGACACGGUCUAUGAUAUUCUUAUUCCAUCGUUUGUCAUUGCGGCCCUAUUUAUUGUUAAUGGCAUCGUAUUUGCGGUCAUCAUGCGCUAUCGCAACAAACGAAAGCAACGCCUUGAUCUAGAGAGUAAGGAACUGGCAGAACUGUAAAGAGAGAGAGACACACCCUUAUCGUUGUCCACAUCCAUCAUCCGAUUUGUUCCCCGCAUCAUCUUUAUCGUCAAUGCAUUGCCUUGUGUGAGAGAGAGAGGGCAUAUGCUUGGAGCCAGUGUCAAGCGUCAUAAAGCCAUUGGAAAAUGGUAUGAGAGAAGGUUCGAAAUUAAAGUAUUGGCUAAGCUGUUUCGACACUGCGCUGAUCUUCGCCAUCUGCAUGCUUUCCCUGCCAUUUUUACCCGUAAUAUUUGUGACGUUGUAGCAACAGAAUGAAUCAGAAUCUUUGUCCUGGUAUAACAAAUUACUCCACUACUAGUCCCCGGUUUACUGAACCUCAUUAAAGGCAGAGCAACAUUUUUCUUUGCACCUGGCUAGCUUUCUAAUGGAAUCUUUGGAAGACCAGACAGCAGGCGCAUCGUAAUGGUCAAUGGGCGGCCAGCCGUUGCAGUUUAGACGGUCAACGGCAUAUACGAACCAGUCGUGGAAGGAAUACAAUUACAAAUUCCAGCAGUACGAUGAUAAGCAAGCUAUAAAAAGACACUGAAUCAAUCAGUUCUGACCAAGUCCGGUAGUGCAGAACAGGAAUGACAUGCACCGAAUCUUACCUUCUCCUUUACUGCACGCUUGAAACGAACAGGGAAACAAACAGUUAGCAAACAUGACCAGAAGUAGCUAUCAAAUAAUGAUGCUAGUGGUUAAGUAAACCUGGGUGAUCUGUAGAAUGGCAGAAGAAUUAGCACCUGGUAGAUGGGAACCAGUGGGUUCCGCGAUGAAAAUAAAUUAAAGCGAAUGUCAAUGGCAGAAAAAUGAAAAUUGAUCGAUGGAAAGACGUAAGACUGUAAGAUAACCGAAAAUGUGUAAAGUGGACUGAACAGUGGUGGUGAGAGAUGCGUGGUAAUCAUUACCACUGCCCGGUUUCACCGGUCAUUUAUGAGCUAGUUUCUGCGAUGGAGAUUAAAAAGCGCACCGCGAUUCCACCUUCAUCCGAGCCCAAUACAGAUACAAUCAGCAUCAAGCGUUUGUUAGAAAUCGAGCAAUCACGCACCAAGGAAGCAGCUUUUUGCUGAUUCGUUUAAUGUGUUACACGGCUGAGCAUAGGAAUGUUUAGUGGGCAAAGGGUAACCGUUUUUUUAAGGACAAUAUGCAUUGUCUAGGAACGGAUAUGUAUAAACCGGUGUGUUGAAACGACACGUGUGUUGUUGAAUCAGUUACUCUAGCAUCGCACCAUGUUGAUGCACACCAACCCAGGAACCACCGGAUCAUCGGCAAAAUCAAUGUCACCAUUACGCACCCGUUUACUUGUGUGCAUUUUUAGGCGGCGAUUAUUGUCCUUGCAAACACAGCUAAUGCUAUGCCAAAGAUUAGAAUUAUACCCUGCGGUGAACGAUGCUCGUAUGUUGCUGUUGAAUGUUGCUUUGCUACGUCCUAUAGAAAGCGCGGAAAAUGUCUACAAACUUUAAAAUUUUUCUCUUUCUGUUUACUGCUUACCGCCAGCGAAUAGGUUCUCAAUAUGAAAGCGAGGGGGGCAUAAUCCGAUGUGGACCAAAUCCGUUUUUCAUUUCCGAAGACUUGGCGCAAUUCGUUUAGUUGCUCUUAGGACCGAUCUAGGGAAAGACCGUGGUGAAGGCAAUGCAUAUCAUUAUUAGUUUUCUGCUGGUUUACGAUGCAUGAUGUGAUAUAGGGAGUCUGAAAGCGAUCGGUAUAUGCAAAGGCGGAGCUACAAACAUACACACACGCUCACAUUCACACACAUAUAUAAAUGAACAUAUUUUGCUAUUCUGCAUUUACCUUUCCUUGUCUGCUACGGCGCCACUGAGUCAGGAUUAUAUGCAUAGCCAAGUGGAGAUAGCAGCAGCAGGUUAUAGAAGCUUACUGGUAAUUCGAGAGUGAGGAUCAGUUCCGAUGCAGUAUCAAAGAAAGCCCUCAAAAUCAAUUAUCGAUGAACUUGUCAGGAGAAGAUGCGAAUGUACGAUGAAAGCGAACCGAAGAAGAAAACAUGUUACAAAAUGAAAAGCUGACAAAAAUACAAUUCACCCUUACAAAAGUACAAGACAAAACGGUAAAAUG